AUGAAGUCCCACGUCUCUAUCAUCGCGGUCUUCGCACUAGUCUGCCAGAGCCUGGUGGCCGGAAAGCAUUUCGGUAUGGAGAAAUGCUCAUCUGUAGUUAUUUUCGGUGACAGCUGGACCGAUAUGGGCAUUUACUCAUACAUACCACGCGUAAAUGGCACACUUCCUACGCCCAAACCAGUCACAUCCACCGGUGGCCGGAUUUGGCCGCAAUAUAUCAAGCAAUACGCAAAUCAGGUCAACGUUUACAACUAUGCUGUCAGCGGGGCUAUGUGCGACACCCUAUUCUCCCCAACUAACCGAAACGCCCUCAAGCAAAACCAAGUACCAGCCUUUCUAAGAGACCUUGCCUGGAGGAAUGAGACUUCGAACGAGCCUGCGAUCAAGGUCCCCGCCGACGAGACAGUGUAUGCAAUCUGGAUCGGCACAAAUGACCUUGGAUACGCUGGUUUUCUUAGGGAGCAACAACCGCAUGAUAUGCCUCUCACCGCGUUAACCAACUGCAUAUACGAACAGUUUGAUCGGGUAUAUGAGGCUGGAGCCCGAUACUUCGUGAUUAUGAAUAUGGGAGCACUCGAAAUCACGCCCUUAUAUGCGACAUUUGAGAACAACGGAGUUUCGACGUCUAGAUUCUGGCAAGAUAAGACAUCUUACGACGCGAACCUGACCCGCGUAAGCGAAAAGAUGCGCCAGUACAGCGGUACCCUUAAUACUUUAUUUGAAUACCAAACGCCAUAUGAAGUCCAACUGUCAAAACGUUAUCCGGGUAGCUCUUUCGCGUUGUUUGAUACCGCCAGCCUAAUCCGGGACAUGUGGCAUAAUCCAAGGAACUAUCUUAAUGGGACUAGUGAGUUGAACGUCACGGGAUCGUAUCUUGGGUGCUUGGAGAGUGGGUGUAAAUUUUCGGGCCCGGACCCAGAUAGCUUUCUCUGGUACGACGAGCUCCAUCCCUCAGAACAGGCCAACCGUUGGUUUGCGAGAAAGUUUAUGGAGGUUGUUGGAGGCCACAGCAAUCUGGCAAAGUAUUGGAAGUCUAAAUAA